AGCCGAUCGAUAUUUUGUAAUCGAUUUAUUGAUGCUACCGUAUCGCUUUUACCGCUUGAAGCAUUCGAAAUCCCUUUCACUUAUCCAUUCUAGCAGGUCUCGAUGAUCUCCACUCGUCUAGUCAUCCUUCUUUUGUCUGCAUUGCUAGUCUGGUCAAAUGCGAAAAAAUUUUCUGUACAUCGGAUAAAACCGUCCACAAAAGCCGAUGUUGACUUUCUUCAAGAUCUCUAUAUGAACGAUGUCAAGCUCGACUUUUGGAAAUCGCCAACGGAAGCUGGUAAGGAGGUGCACGUAAUGGUGAACGACGAGUUGGAGGAGAACCUGCUCAUGGCUUUGGAUGCCAGAAACAUCUCACAUUCACCGAUGAUCGAAGACGUAAAGAAAGUGAUCGUCGCUCAAAAGGAGAAACAUGAAAAACUGAAAAGUGAACUGCGAAUGCGAGACUGGCGUGAUGGACGGGUACAAUUUAACCUGGCACAAUAUCAUUCAUUUGCGGAUGUAAUCAAUUAUUUGAAUGCAUUAGCAAUCACCUACCCAGAAAGAGUUUCGGUACAGCCAAUCGGCACCAGCCAUGAAGGACGACAAAUACCUCUCAUCAGGAUCACAAAUAAACGACUUGGAGGACAAAAGAAAGGAAUAUGGAUUGAUGGUGGAAUACAUGCCAGAGAAUGGGUAUCACCGUCAACAGUGCUUUACUUCAUACAUGUGUUAGUCACUCAAUAUGACAAAGACCCCCUCGUUCGACAGUUUGUUGACCAGAUGGAAUGGUACAUUGUACCUCUACUGAACCCUGACGGCUACGAAUACUCACGCAGUAGCAGUGAUCCGGAAAUCCGCCUUUGGCGGAAGAAUCGGAGUCCACCAAAGUGCAUUCAGCAAAGCACAGGUCUUUUCUCUCCUCCAAGGACCACUUGUUGCCAAGGUGUUGAUCUCAAUCGUAACUUUGACUGGUUUUUCGGACAAGUAGGCUCUUCUACCGAUCCAUGUUCUGAAAUUUACCAGGGGGAAUAUGCAUUCUCCGAACCUGAAACUGCAUCUGUACGAGAUUUUCUGGCACGUCACAAAGUCCACACUUUCCUCACUUUCCAUUCAUAUUCGCAAAUUCUCAUGUAUCCAUUUGGACAUCAAGUUAGGACCUACUCCAAUGACGUCAAUGAUCUGAGAUCUACAGCUUUAACGGCAUCUGCACAUUUACGGCGGAUGUUUGGUACCACUUACAAGGUUGGCACCGGUGCCGACACGCUUUAUCCUGCUUCGGGUGGUUCAGAAGAUUGGGCUAAAGGCAAAGCUCGUGUGAAGUACUCGUAUCUUUUUGAGCUGAGGCCUGAAGAACAAGUUUGGGACGGGUUCUUGCUGGCGGAAAAUCAGAUUAUGCCCACCGCAAGAGAAACAUGGGAGGCUGUGAAGGUUAUAGCUACUCAGACACUCGCUAUUCCUAGCGUAUCUAGAGCUCCCGCUCGACCGACGCGACAGUGCGUGGAUCGCGACGCAUUGUGUAGCAGUUGGGCGCAAGGUGGCGCCUGUGGCACAUGGCCUGAAAUGCGACAACGAUGUCCGCGAUCGUGCGGCUUCUGCUCAGCAAAGAGACUACGAUCGAACCGUGUCCGAGCUCAAUUCAUCAAGAGCAAUAGUCCCUUCACAGUAAGAGAGCAGAGCCAUAGCCGGCUAAUUUAGGCAACUAUACGUUUUAUUCUUUCGAAUCCUUAACAAAACAACCACGGAGAAUUUAUUAGCUAAUCGAAAUGUAAAUAUAGACACCAACCUAUGCCGAGUGUACAUUCAAAAA